AUGAUGAAUGAUGACAACGGCGACGGGGUUGGAGUAGAGAGAUACGCUUCAUCUGGUCAUGGCGUGCUGCCAAUGGCAUGGCACAGCCAGACGGCCAGCUCAUAUGCCCCGCCGGCACUACGCGACAUGGAUUCUUUCGCGUGGGCGUCCGUCUCCCGGAGCACGGCGAUGACCGGCUCAAGUCUUUUCCCACCGGCAGCGUCUGCCUGCUACGAGCAUAUUCCGGCCGACUCCGGCGGGCUCGAGCAGGCAGGGCCACCAGACGGGUCGGACUCGAAGAAGAGGAAGAGAUCAUACGAGGAUCAAGCGAAGACGACAAGUGCGUCCGCAGAUUCUGCAGAGACCGAGCGCGGCAAGGACGUCAAUGGUGAAGAGACGGGCCCGGCGCCGGCGGCCGGAGGCACGUCCAAUGUGAAGGGAGCCAAAGAAGCCGACGAGCCAAAGGAAGGGUACGUCCAUGUCAGAGCCCGGAGCGGGCAGGCGACUAACAGGCACAGCGUCGCAGAGAAGUUGAGAAGGGAGAAAAUCAGCGAAAGGAUGAAGCUUCUGCAGGACCUUGUUCCUGGCUGCAACAAAGUCACAGGGAAGGCCGUGAUGCUGGACGAGAUCAUCAACUAUGUCCAGUCCCUGCAAAGGCAGGUGGAGUUUCUAGCGAUGAAGCUCUCGGCGGUGAACCCGACGCUUGGUGUCAACCUAGAAUCACUCGUCGCUAAGGAUGUAAGCAAUCACCCACAGUUCUUGCACCCCUCUUCUUGUUUCCAGGCCCUGUUUUCCCCUGUAGAUAUGGAUGAAUCCUGCGAAGUACCUGCGUUCCAAACUGGAUUUGCAUUCGCAACAGCCACUUGA